UCUAAGAGAGAGAGAGAGAGAGAAUGGUGAAGGCUGGAAGGCGUUCCCGAAAAGCAGGGGGCAGAUCAACCAGCUCCCUGAUCAUUUGCAUGCUUUUCAUGCUUUCUCUGAUAUUCCUUUUUCUUGUUGCAGUGGGCAUUAUCCCGUUGCCCAUCAGUGAACAUGAGGAUGAAGGCUCAAACGGUGAAGAUGAACUAAUUUCAAUCUAUGAAGGAAAUGGCACAAUGUCCAUGAACAAGAACAUCGAUAUGGCAGAGAAUCACCGAAGCAGUUGGAGUGAGGGAGUUGAUGGGCAGAAAAAAUGGAUGGAGAUACUCUCUUGGCAACCCAGAGCAUUUCUUUACAAUAAUUUUUUGUCAAGAGAUGAAUGUGAACAUUUGAUAAAUCUUGCCAAGCCUAAUUUGCGACGGUCUUCUGUUGUGGACAGCCGGACUGGUAAAAGCAUACCCAGUAGAGUUCGCACGAGCUCUGGCGCAUUUCUAAAAAGAGGACAAGAUGAUAUUAUCAGCAGAAUUGAGAAAAGAAUUGCAGAUGUCUCAUUCGUACCUGUUGAAAAUGGCGAGGGCCUACAAGUUCUUCGUUAUAUUGUUGGGGAAAAAUACGAUCCUCACUUUGAUUUUUUUCACGACAGCAUCAACACCAUGCAGGGGGGCCAACGUUUAGCAACGAUGCUUAUGUAUCUUUCAGAUGUUAAGGAAGGUGGGGAGACUGUCUUUCCUCGAGCCGCAGUGAACAUCAGCACCGCUUCUGCGCGUUGGAAUAACAGGUCUAAAUGUGCAAAAACCGGGAUGGCUCUUCGACCACGGAUGGGAGAUGCUCUGCUCUUUUGGAGCAUGCACCCAGAUGCCUCACUUGAUGCACUGAGUUUGCAUGGUGGUUGCCCAGUCAUUAAGGGAGAUAAAUGGUCGGCAACAAAAUGGAUGCGCGUGGGUCCUUUCACUGGUUGAUUUGAUUUUCAGGAUGUUGAAGGUUCAGAGUGUUCAUCCUGUGAGCCGCUGUAUACAAUUGCUGGAUUUCUGGCCUUCAAGCUGGAUAACAGAAAUACCUUUUGACAUCUUCCCUUCUGUUUACAGUGGUUUUGUUGUAAACUGAUA